GUGGAUUUAAUGGAAAAAGGAUAUUUCUGGAAUCGGUAUGGAGACUCGUUGCUUCAUACAUCCGGUGACCAGUGAUUUCUCUAAGUCUCUAAUUCCAUCCGUACACCAUCACUUUCCGAAUUACCCUGGCUCGGAAUUCGAAAUUCGAAUGUUUGAAUCGCUCUCCCUCUCUUUCUCCUUUCAAGUUUGAAAGCCUGUAAAUUCUCCGGAACAGCUCCACGCCCGCGCUGCCGUUCUUGUUCAUGUGCACCCUCCGCGUCGGCAGAUUCCUUUCUUCCAUUCUCACAUCGAGCAAGGACGUGACUGCGCGUUCAGUUCACGUCUCUGAGCGAUGCUUGAGCAGCGAACGCUCGUCGGGCUUAUCGUCGUACUGGAGAUCUCUCGGGGAUUUCGGAACCAACUUUGGGAUAGGACCACUACAAGGAAAUGCUGCCCAUGUUUCUACCGUAUGCACUCCUUUCAGGGAGUGUUCAAAGAGUGUACAGAAAGGAGAGGAGAGGAGAGUAUAACCGCCCUUGGAAGCGGAAGAAGAUACACAUAUAAAAGGACGAGACCGUGUGACAAUUGGUAUAAUUGCCAAACUCACAAUCUAUAUCUCGUCGUCUUCAAUCGAAUCCUGCGGUUAACAUCUACAUCCGUCCCGACCAGUUUUGGUAGUACGAUAAAGGUCUCCAAUUGGGGAGUGAAACCUCAAAUCAACUCAAUAGUCUACAUUAAACCGAGCAUUUCAUUUUAGACCACAUUUGCGUUUAAUUUUGCACAACGGAAGUUGUCGAAGCAUAUAAGUUGCGGCAUCAAAGUAUAAUUAUGGUUGGUGUUCUACUGAUGAAAGAAUGAAGACAAGACUGACGAAAAUUAGUUUUUUCACCAGGUGAGUUUUACAUACCUACGCAUACACUACUCAUUUAAAUGAU